AUGAGCAGGCGACCAUUUACAGCCGGAACAAGAAAUCCUCUCAACCUGUUUACUCUAUUAACACUCGAUUUGUUGUUAGAAAUCUUGCAUAGGCUCCCCGUGAAAUCACUUUUGACACUUAGGUGUGUGUGUAAGUCCUUGAAUUCAAUAAUUUCCGAUCCUAAAUUCGCUAAAGAUCACCUUCGCUUGUCACAAACCCGCCAUUACCACCUCCUCAGAUGCCCGUGGAAUAUGUUUUUAAGAAGGAAGUUCAGUCUCUCCGAUUUCCAACUUCGCUCUAUUUUAAGCAACUCACCUAGCACCAUCGAGACAAAGAUUAAGUUCCCUUUAAACACUCGUGACAUUCAUGCUCACGUGAUUGACUCUUGCGAUGGCAUCAUCUUUUUCAGAGUGCAAUACAAUUACAAACAUUGUAAUAUGGUAGCAUGGAACCCUUGUACCAGAAAAUUGAAGACAUUGCCACCUUUGAACCUACCUGGCCAUACAUUAAACACUCUAUAUAGUGUCGGGUAUGAUAGUUUCACCGAUAAUUACAAAGUAAUUGUGGUUGCAUGCUAUCAACAUUAUAACUCCUAUAAAUUUUGCAAAACUCAAGUUAAGGUUCAUACUUUAGGUAGCAAUGUUUGGAGAAGGAUUCCAGACUUCCCUUCUGAAAACAAGGGUGUACCUGAAGGACGUGUUGGGAAAUUUGUAAGUGGCGCCAUUCAUUGGGUCAUAAAAGAUCAAGAUAAUGACUCUUCAUGGGUCAUUCUUUCCCUUGAUUUAGGUAACGAGUCUUAUCAAGAGAUUUUGCAGCCAGAUUAUGGUGUUCACCAACGUCUGCGUUACUUUAGCUUAGGGGUUUGUAGGGAUUGCUUAUGGGUCCUUGCUCACACUACAACUUUUUUGAAUAUUUGGGUUAUGAAGGAUUAUGGAAACAAGGAUUCUUGGACUAAAUUGUUCAGUGUUCCAUUCAAAGAAUUCAGUGAUAAUUGCUAUGCACCUGUGCUUUUUAUCUAUGAGGAGGAUGACCAAGUGUUGCUUGACUUUUGUGGUAAGUUAUAUGUUUACAAUUAUAAGAAUGGUACCGUAAAGAUUUCGGGGAUUCAAAAUCUCGCUUUUACCGAUUUCUCCUCUAAUGUCUAUGUUGAGAGUCUCGUAUCACCUUGA